UCUUAUAUAUUAAUUAUUAUUUUUGUGUGGAGGUGUUUGACGCUUACUACCCGGUAGCGCCGCCGAAGCACAAAUUGGACGAAAACGUUACAAUUAACAAACGAUCGUAAGCAACAAGCAAGCAAAGAAGGUGCACGACGUCCUAAACGACGAAAAAACACUGUCGUAUGGGUAAACGAUGACGCUCACCCAAAACCACCAGCACGUACUUCAACUAGUCCUAUCGUGCCGGAAAAUAACGGCACAGGUAACAAACACAACAACCUCAUCUAUCAUAGCAAUGGCUUCCUCUUCAGAACAAGAAUUCCUCGCUCACUAUCGAUCCAAACUCAAUCGCUUCCCAAGAUCUCACCGAUUCUGGGACGCUAAAGUAGCUUCUCGUGUUGGUGAGAAAUUAGGUUUCCGUCUCAGAGAAAUCGGCGUCACCGGAGUUCAAAUCGACGCUAAAGAGGAGCUUUCGCGUCCUUUACAUUACCGAUUGAUGGUUUCUCCUUUGUUUCAUUCCAUUCAACGCGUCGGAGUUCACGUUUCCGGUGCUGAUAAUUUCCCUUCCAUUUAAAUUCUCGAUUCAUCGUUUUUUUUAUUCUCUUGUGUUCUUUUUUAUUUUUACUAGUAGUGUUCUCAUUCGGAGUAGUAACCAAUUGAUUUUAUCGGUUGAACUAUGUUGUAAACGCAUUUAUUCGUUUUAUACAUUUCAGUUUUCUUAAUUUUCAUUAUCGCUCAACUCUUUUGUCUCUUGCUAUGAAUUAUUAGUAUGUAUAAUUCAAUUUAGUUUGUAAAAGUUAUCUGAGUUGCCUUGUGUUAGUGUUGGAAUCAUGAGUCAAUAAGCUUAUAUGUUGAUUACAGUUGUGACCUCACAGUUA